AUGAAUUUUCCUGGAGGACAAGAUACUUAUGAAAAGGAACAGGCUCCCAAAGUGUUAAAUGGAGGAUACUUUGCUUGUUACCCGACAAGUGAUGGUGUUUUAGAUGAUUUUGACAUGUCCUUAUUGGACGAGGAGUACACUGUGUCUCCUAUCAACAGUGUAGGCUACUCACCACCCACAUACCACUGCAACGACUCUUGGACAGCUGGAGACGCAACUGCUGUUUCACACUUUGCUACUCAGGCUACUGCUACAGAAGGCUGGUCUGCAGGAGGUCCUGCUGGAGGGUCAGACCAGCCCUUGUUUCCCUGGACAAAUGAUGGACAGACAGCAUCACUCACUGGACGGAAGCUGAAGGCUUAUGAGUUACCGCCCCAGAGUGAUCCCAAGUUGGAGAAGAAGAGACUACGAGCGAUAAAGGCCUUGAAGAACCGACUGAGGCGAAGCGAACAGGAAGAGAAUCAAUACAAGAAGCUGGACGCCCUUACACAAGAUGUGUCGCGACUCCGGAGUGAGAAGAUCACCAGGGAGCAGAAGGUAGCAGCCCUGCAGGUCUACCUCAGUCAGUUGGCGAUAUCUUCUCUUCCCCAACACACUGGUAAGUGUUAUAGUCUUACUCGUUUCUCCAACAGUGUCAUUCACCUAUAA